CUUUGGAUGUUGACUCAUUUUUUUUUGUAAUAUAUGCAGUUGUUAACAAGAGUGUUUGAUAUAAUGCGAGCCAAGAACCCUGAAAUGGUUACUGGAGAGAAAAAGAAGUUUGUCAUGAAACCUCCUCAAGUUGUCAGGAUAGGAACAAAAAAGACAUCAUUUGCCAACUUCACGGACAUCUGUAAAAUCUUACACAGACAACCAAAACAUCUUUUAGCAUUUCUUAUGGCAGAGUUGGGAACAAGUGGUUCAAUUGACGGAAACAAUCAACUUAUCAUCAAAGGUCGUUUUCAACAAAAACAGAUUGAAAAUGUGCUUAGAAGAUACAUCAAGGAGUAUGUGACAUGUCACACAUGUCGAUCUCCAGAUACCAUUCUUCAGAAAGAGACUAGGUUAUUUUUCAUUCAGUGUGAAACAUGUGGAUCACGACGAUCAGUAGCAAGUAUCAAAUCAGGCUUCCAGGCCAUCACACAGAAGAGAGCACAACUGAAAAGCAAGCAGCAGUGAAUUACAUCUUUGACAUGACUGCAGCUGUUAGAUUUACUUGAAUGUCGACAAAUCAUAGUACCGCAGGACAUGGUGGUCUGUGAUCCUUUGAACUAACUAAGAAUCACGUUAGCUUGUACGAAGAUGGAUGGCAAAUUGUGAAGAGAAUCAAGAUUGAUGGGGAAAGAUUACUUUUUAAAAUUUAAAACUGGAACUAUUGAAAACAUUAGAAAUGACUUUGUAAAUUUUGUGUGCAGAUGUAAGGUGUUCAUGUACAUACAAAGUGCAAAUUUUUCUUUUCUUUAGUGGUUUCACUCAUAAGUAUACACUUGUAUCAAGUGCUUGUGUACUCAGAGUUGCUGAAAAAUAGAAGUACGUGAUUGUAGAACUGUGUGAAAAAAAAUUCAAUAUUAUAUUCGUUGUUGUGUCCAUUUGUUUUAACAAAGCUGUGUUAGUAAACUUUGUAACAAGUUGGUUUCUACAGGUAUAUGUAAUUAUUAUCAAGAUCUCCUUACAACAUUUAUUGUCGAAUAACAUUUUGGGCUCAUUCUUUAGAUAGGAAUCGUACCUGAAGUGACGUAAAUAAAUUGUAGUGCAAUCUGUAAGUUACAAAGUAAGACCUUGCUUACUUUCUCCAUUUCUGGAUUUCAGAUUGUUUUUCUUUUUUUGCUUGCUUGAGUAAGCACUGACAAAACUGGUUGGUAGGCUUUUUCCAGGCCCCUACUGUGAUCCAGUUUAGUCAACUUAGUGCAUUGCUCUACUCUGGAAAACCUCUCCCUUGCCAAAAAAAGUCACUAAAUCCUCAGAGACAAAAA